AUGUUUAAAAAACCAGCCCAAAUCAAGCCAUCUUCAAAUAUUAAAUCGUCCGAAAGGAAAAGACUAUUGUCAUGUAUUGCCGACUCACAUUCAUUGCCUCUUGAAGAACUAACGAAAGAGGAAAUUGAGAGAAUACUACCAUCAGUAAUCAAAAAAGCUAGCUUUGUCUCCUUUGAAAAAGUUUCUGGGUCAAUUUAUUUUGAUGAGAAUGAAGUUCCUGUUUGGUUCCAUACUCGGGAUUCGGAUAUAUAUCCAACUAUAUUUACAUUAAUGAAGUAUCCAACUAUCUUGCCAACAAUUGCCACACAUCCUCAUGUUCUCGGUGUGUUGGCUAAAGGAGCCGACCUUAUGUUACCAGGAACAGUUCCUCCAUUUGAUAAGCGAGCAGUCAAGGGUGCAAUUGUGGGGGUUGUGAGUCAUGACAACCCUGAAAAAGUAACUGCCAUUGGCCAUUGUAAAUUGAACAUGACACAAUUUGAUUCGGUGGUGGGCAGAUCAGGUGUUGCUGUGGAAAUCAUUCACCACUUAAAUGACACAUUAUUGGAGAAGAAAGAAUUGAUUAUUCCAGUUGAGGAACCAGUCGAGGCAACAUCUAAUGAAGUGAUACCAGAAACCAAACCUGCUAAAGAAGAGAAACACGAACUUCCUGAAUUGACUACAGAGGAGAUUGAUAAUUUGUUCAUUAAAUCAAUAAAGUCUGUGAACAACAUCGAGUUACCCACUCCUGCAUCUACUUUCAUGUCAUAUGUCAACAAAAAUGUGCCAUCUAGUAUUACUAUGAAGAAAACGUCUUGGAAAAAGGCUUCUAAAUUUUUAAAAGAAAUGGCCAAACAAAAUUAUAUCAAAGUCAAAGGUAAAGAUGAAGACUUGUCAGUAAUUCAAUUAAAUACCAGCAAUGGAGAGUCAAAUGUAACCCCGAAGGCAAAACCUAAACCUACAUCUAAUGGAUCCCUGAACACCCUCAAAGUUAUUCCUCUUUAUAAACCAACCAAAAAUCUUCGUUUAUUUUUCAAUAAGCUAGAUGCUGAGUAUGAUGAGUAUUUCACUGCUCCUGCUGCAAGGUCAUUAUUAGAGUCGUAUAUCAAGAAGUUUUCAUUGGUUGCUGACGACCCCAAACUAAUUAAGCCAGAUGCAGAAUUGGGUACAAAAACUGAAAUGCCCCGUGAUCAGUUGCUCAAACAUUUUCUUACCAAAUUUUCUCCGUAUUAUCAAAUCAACAACUCUGCAGUCUAUAAGGGGACGCCACCAAAGAUUGAAAUUGUUACAGAACUAAAGAUAGGGAGAAAAGUGGUUACUAGAGUUUCCAAUUACGAAAAAUUCGAAAUCAAGACAGAAACUUUAGCUAAAGAAUUGAGAAAUAAAUGUUCCGGUUCAUCUACAAUUGUUGACAACGAUGUACAAGUACAAGGUCCCCAUGGAAAAUUGAUUAUAGACAUAUUAAAAGAGAAAGGUGUUCCUGUGUCGUAUAUUAAUUUUGAAGAUAAAACAAAGAAGAAGAAAAACAAAAAAUAG